AUGGCAUCCGAGAACGAAAGUGAAACCGAAUCAUUUGUAGAUGCAUCCGAUACAUUUACGGAUGAUGUAGAAGGAAAACCAGUACCUUAUCGAUAUUCAACAGCUAUAUUAUCUUCAAUAGCAAGAAAUGCUAAUGAGCUGGUAUCAAUGUUUACAACUAAUGCAGAACAAACAUCAACAAAUAAUUCCCGAGAAAUUUCAAAUGUUGGAGUUCAAGCCAUACCAGAAAUAUCAAUCACAGAUACUUCAACCGGUGACGGUAAACAAGAAGUGCUAGAAGAAUUAGUUGAUAAUGAGGAUGCAUCAUCAAUAAAUACUGAUAUCUCGCAAGAUAAGGAUACAGCAGAUAAUAAUAACAUGUCUGAAUUAAAAAUUGAUAAUUCUGAUAAUAAUGGAAAACGUGAAUUUCCUAUUGAUCUAACGGUCUACGUUAAAGAUUUAGAUACAGGAAAAGACAUACCUGCAUCUUAUUUAGAAGAAGAAAUUAAAAAAUCGAAUGGAAAUAUUGACCCACUUUCUUUUCAUAUUUUGAAAAGAUCAGGAUCAAUCAAUGAAUAUCAAUAUGAACGCGGAAGGAAAGACGAUAGCGAUGAUGAAUGUGGAAGACAUCAAGAUGGAAAGACUUCUAAUAGACGAUCAAAAUUUCUUAAUCGUAUCAAAAAACGAACAUCGCAUCCUGCAAAAGGCGAAGGAGAUGAAGAUACAGGAGAUGAAGAAAAUGUAACAGGGAAUAAUGCACCUGUAUUUGGUACAGAAAGUGGUUUCGGACGAGCGCAGCCACGUUAUAUAAAGGUUAAAACACGACAUAAGCACUUCAAAGAAUUUGAUAAGUUGUUUCUUGCACAAGAAUUAUUUCAUCCAACACAAAAUGGUGCAUCUGGGGCAAUUUGGACAAUGAAAUUUAGUAAAGAUGGAAAGUUCUUGGCAACUGGAGGAAAAGAUACAGUGGUUAGAGUUUGGGCUGUUAUAUCAAGUGAUGAAGAACGUGAACAUUUUUUGGAGGGAAGUGGAAUAAGUGUUUAUGAAGGAUCAAGCGGAUCGAAAUUGGGAGCUCCUGUGAUGAGAGAUAAACCAUUAUAUGAAUAUCAUGGUCAUACCGCUGAUGUUUUGGAUUUAAGUUGGAGUAAAAAUAACUUUUUGCUUUCUUCUUCAAUGGAUAAGACUGUGAGGUUAUGGCAUAUUACACGGAAGGAAUGUUUAUGCUGUUUCCAACAUACAGAUUUCGUGACGGCCAUUGCAUUUCAUCCAAGGGACGAUAGAUUUUUCUUGUCGGGAUCAUUAGAUUGUAAAUUGAGACUUUGGAAUAUUCCAGAAAAGAAAGUAGCAGAUUGGAUGGAAACUCCGCAACAACAAUUAAUAACAGCAGUAGGAUUUACUCUUGAUGGGAAAAAAUGUGUAGCUGGAAGUUUUUCGGGUUUAUGUUUGUUUUAUGAAACUGACGGAUUAAAAUAUAAUACACAAAUCCACGUAAAAAGCUCACGUGGUAGAAAUUCUCAUGGAAAGAAAAUUACCGGUAUCGAGGCUAUGCCAGGAACUAAACCGGGUCAAGAUAAACUGUUGAUCAGUUCUAACGACUCGAGAAUUCGAUUGUAUAAUAUGAGGGAUAAAUCAUUGGAGUAUAAAUAUAAAGGCUAUGAAAAUACAUACAGUCAAAUUCGCGCUACAUUCAGUGAUGAUGGCAGAUAUAUUAUCAGUGGAUCCGAGGAUCGGCAUGUAUAUAUAUUCAACACAGAUCAAUCACAGUCAAAUGCUCAAUAUGGAAAUAGUGGUAAUAGUUGGCUUAAAAGAGAGAAAAUUGGUUAUGAAAGCUUUGAAGCCCAUUCCGCAAUUGUAACGGCAGCAAUAUUUGCACCAACAAGAACAAAACAAUUGAUUGCAUUAUGCGGAGAUCCAAUUUUCACAAAUACAAUGAAUCAUGAGUCAAAUUUACCCAGUGCUCUCAGUAAAACUUAUCCUGAUGGAAAUAUUAUUAUUUGUGCUGAUUAUUCCGGGAGUAUUAAGAUAUUUAGACAGGAUUGUGCCUAUUAUCAUUCUCAUGAUAAUGAUUCCCAUUCUGUUAGAAGUACAAGAUCUUGGAAUUCUGCACUUGGAAAUAAUUUAGGAAAUUUCUUUUCUAAACCAAAACAAAAUAAAAGUUUAGUAUGGAAUACGACGGGUGGCAUAACAGGUCGUGGAAGAAGGAAAAGUGAUGCAUCAAGUUUAUAUUCUAUUACUUCGAGCGUUAUGAGUGCUGAUGCGGAAGGUAAUAAUAAACAUGAAGAUUGUGAAAAGUUAUUUCAAUGCGAAUGCGGUUGUAGUGAAUUUAAAGCUUUCGUUAAUGAAGAUGCAAAAUCUAAAUUGGUUUGUACCGGUUGUAAUAAAGUUGCUUAA